AUGCCUCACAAGGACGUUCCUCUUAGACCAGUCAAAUUGACAUUUGAUCCUGUAGGAUCAAACACCAUAGGUGUGCCAACCCUGGACUUUGAGUCUCUGUUCCGGGAAGACAACGUCUCUGAGGAUGCCCCUCUUGUUAUUCACCCAGAGGACAUGGGUGUCCCAUGGAACACCUCUCUUCCUUGGACCAGACAAUCCAAGUUCUGGGCUUACGCCGAGGCGGCUGGAUAUGAGUUGGCCAACGGAAUCAGCCUUGACAAGGCAUCAGAGCGUGGCACACUACCCAUGGAGUUGAUGGAUGAGCGCCGCAAGUGGAAGAUUGAUGAGCUAGUCGAGGAUGCUAUCUCUUGCUGUGCUUAUCUUUAUCCUACAUCAUCUCCUACCAGAUUGGCGUUGUUGACCCAAUCUGUGCUACUACUAUUCCUCCAUGAUGAUGUUAUUGAGCGAGGCGCUACUCAAAACGAAGCCACAGUGGUGGACGAAUUUCUUAGCAUGGCUCCCAGGAACAGGCAUCUCAAGAAAUUCUGGUCAGACGUAUUGCAAUGUGAUCCCGUCCUUGGACCCGAUCUGCUUUACGCUAUCCAUGCUUUCGUCCGUGAUGGUCGUGUAAAGUCACCCUUUAAGCAGGAUCACUAUGCCACAUUGGCUGAUUACAUGCUUUACCGUCGCAAUGACGUUGGCAAGACAUUUAUGAUUGCAGCUAUCCGCUUCGGCUCCGGCGUGCGCCAAACACGCGAGGAACUUGCUCCCUUUGACGAGCUUGCUGAUCUCUAUGUCAGACACUCAAUCCUUAUCAACGAUCUCUACUCGUACGAUAAGGAGGUGCACGAGGUCAAGACCGUCGGCGCGUCCAUCGUGAACGCAGUCGCUGUCACAGAGCAGCUGCUUUCCGUGUCGCCUGACCUGGCCAAGAACCUAACUAGAGCUAUCACCUUUGACAUGGAGAAGGAGUUUUACGGCAUCUGUGAGAAGUUUAUGCACAGCCCUGCUAUCAACGAUCGCCAGCGCGUGUUCGUGACUGCGCUCUUUGAUGCGUUGACGGGCAAUAUCUUCCACUCUGCUACUUUGAGCAGAUAUGUUCGUCACGGCGAGAGACCACUUCCUUGCAAGUGUUAG